AUGGGCGCGCAAGACUGGUCCACGUCGCCUGUCACGGGCGAAAAGGUGGGCCCAUCCUACAUCCACGCAUCCGACUUCCACUUCCGCGACACCCACGGCCGCGCCGUCCUCUUUCGCGGCAUCAACCUCUCCGGCUCCAGCAAGGCUCCCCUCGGACAGCCCUCGCAGCGCGUCGACGGCUUCUGGGACGAUGUCGAGGCCGGCGGCUCCAGCUUCGUCGGCCAGCCCCUCAACCUCGACGACGGGUCCGCCGAUGUCCACCUCUCCCGCCUCCGCGCCUGGGGCUUCAACUGCAUCCGAUACGUCUUCACCUGGGAGGCCCUCGAGCACAGCGGGCCGCGCAAGUACGACUACGCAUACAUCGACUACACCGUCGACGUCCUGCGCAAGAUUAAGAGCUACGGCUUCAAGGUCUUCAUGGACCCGCACCAGGACCUCUUUUCCCGAUUCACUGGCGGUUCCGGCGCUCCCUACUGGGUGCUCAUCGCCUGCGGCAUCAACCCGCGCAACCUCUCGGCAACCCAGGCCGCCUUCCUGCAGUGCGAGUGGCCUACCGCAGAGGACCCCAAGCCGAUCGAGUACCCCGACAUGCUCUGGGCCACAAACUACACCCGGCUCGGCGCCGCCACGCUCUCGGCCCUCUUCUUUGGCGGGCGCCAGUUUGCGCCCCUCUGCGUCAUCGACGGCCAAAACAUCCAGGACUGGCUCCAGGACCACUACCUCUCGGCCGUCGAGGAGCUCGCCAAGCGCAUCGUGGCCGCCGGCGACCUGGUCGACGAGUGCGUCAUCGGGUGGGACAGCAUCAACGAGCCCAACCAGACCUACAUCAGCCUCGAGGAUCUCUCAAAGAUCCCAAAGCACUGGAUGCUGCGCAAGGGCCCCGUCCCCUCGCCCAUUCAGAGCCUCCGCCUGGGCUCGGGUCAGCCGCAGACGGUCGAGAACUACGUCUUUGGCAGCCUCGGCCCCAAGCGCGCCGGCUCGGUCAGCAUCGACCCAAAGGGCAAGACCAUCUGGCUGACGCGGGAGCAGGACGACGUCCAGGGCGGCGCAAAGUGGGGCUGGCAGCGCUCCGAGUCGUGGCCGCUCGGCCAAUGCCUGUGGGCGGCCCACGGCGUCUGGGACGUCGCGACGGGCGAGCUGCUGCGGCCCGACUACUUCCACCUUUACCAGAGCGACGCCGGGUCGAUGCCGGCCGACUUUGUCGACGACUACUGGCUGCCGCACUGGCGCGCCUACGCCGGCCGGCUGCGCAAGAUCCACCGCGAGGCCAUCAUGUUUAUGCAGCCGCCCGUGUUUGAGCCGCCGCCGAGGUCGCUGACCGAAGACGACCUGCGGCGGCGGACGUGCGUGUCGUGCCACUUUUACGACGGCCUGACGCUCAUCACCAAGCACUGGAACUGGUUCAACGCCGACGCCGUGGGCCUGCUGCGCGGCAAGUAUGCCUCGGUGUUGCUGGCGGUGCGCGUGGGCAACCGGGCCAUCCGCGACGUGAUGCGCAAGCAGCUGGGCUACCUGCGCGCCGACACCGUCGACGGCAUCGGCGCCUACCCGACCCUCAUCGGCGAGAUUGGCAUCCCCUACGACCUCGACGGCAAGAAGACGUACUUUGGCGACGCAAAGGGCCGCGGCGUCGGCGACUACUCUGCCCAGACGCUCGCGCUCGACGCCUCGCUCAACGCGUGCGACGGCGACAACGUGCUCAACUACACGGCGUGGACCUACUGCCCGGACAACGUGCACAAGUGGGGCGACGGCUGGAACGGCGAGGACCUCAGCCUGUGGAGCCUCGACGACGUGCAGGAGGGCGCGACGCCGCCGCUGCUCAGCCUGUCGGCCAAGGGCCACGGGCGGACCAACUCGACGGACAAGGCGUCGUACGCGUCGCUGUCGUCGUCGCAGGUCUCGACGAGGUCGCCCAUGAAGCUGUCCGACGGCCUCGACCCCUCGUCGUCUUCGGCGGCGGCGGCACUCGACAUUGGCGCCCUCUCCAACGGCUCGCGGUCGAUUGCGGCCUUUUGCCGUCCCUACCCGUUCGCGACGUGCGGCACGCCGGUCAACAUCAACUUUGACAUCAAGACGUCGGAAUUCACCUACGUUAUUGAGACGACGCGGCAGCAUGUCGGACGCGGUGGCGGUGGCGGUGGGAACGACGACGAUGACGACGAGGAUGGAGGAGACGAGGAGGGGAUGGCGACCGAGAUCUACGUGCCGUACAUGCACUAUGCCGAGGCGAGGCCGGACACGCACCACGAUGCGGGCGCGGCGCGGGCGCAGAACACGCUCUCGAUUGACGUGGCCGUGUCUGCGGGGCGGUGGAAGACGAGGGGCCAGGUCCUGUUCUGGUACCUCUCUGCCGGCGACGUAAAGGAGGGCGACAAGCCGACGCGGCACCACAUCAAGAUCCGCCGCAGGACGGGCGCGUUUGAGGCGAACCGCCAGGUCGAGGCACGCAGUGGCUUCUGCACCAUCCUCUGA